AGCAUUGGCUCCAAAAUUCAAAUGGGCAUCAAUGGCGUAUGUGGAAUCGAUCUUGCAGAAAUGCAUCUUCUUCCCUCAAAUCCGGCAACUCCACGCCCACCUCCUCGUCACCGGCCUCUUCCACCUCCCCUACUCCCGCUCCAAGUUCAUCGACUUCUGCGCCACCUCCUCCCUCACCUACGCCGCCGCAAUCUUCCGCUCCCUCCCCGCCCCCUUCACCAAUGACUGGAACGCCCUCAUCCGCGGCCACGCGCAGAGCCACCACCCCAUUAACGCAGCCGGGUGCUACCUCCUCAUGUCGCGCGCUCCCUGCCGCCCCGACGCCCUCACCUGCUCCUUCUUCCUCAAGGCCUGCGCCCGCGCAUUGGCCCGAUUCGAGUCUCUCCAGAUCCACGCGCAGGUGGUCAAAUCCGGAUUUGACGCCGAUGUUCUCCUCCAGACGACGCUGCUCGACGCCUACGCGAAAUGUGGGGAUUUGGACGGUGCGCGCAAGGUGUUUGAUAAAAUGUCGAAAAGAGAUAUCGCGUGCUGGAACGCUUUGAUCUCUGGUUUAGCGCAGGGGAAUCAGCCGUAUGAAGCGCUGAAGCUGUUUGGUGAAAUGACUGAAUCGAGCAUGAUGCCGAAUGAGGUCACUGUUCUCGGUGCGUUGGCUGCGUGUGCGCAGCUUGGCGCGAUCGGAGAGGGUGAGAGAGUGAUUGAUUACAUACGGAGUAACCGAUUUGAUGAGAAUGUGAUUGUGUGCAAUGCUGUUAUUGACAUGUAUGCGAAAUGUGGGAUGGUGGAGAAGGCGUUGAUCGCGUUCGAUGGGAUGAGGUGUCGUAGGAGCAUAAUCACAUGGAACACGAUGAUCAUGGCGUUUGCAAUGGACGGAAAUGGAGAGAAAGCGUUGGAGCUCUUCCGUCGCAUGAGCAGAGACGGGACAACCCCAGACGAUGUCACUUUCUUGGCAGCGCUCUGCGCCUGCAAUCACACGGGGAUGGUGGAUGAAGGGGUGCGUCUCUUCGAAUCCAUGGAGAAGCAUAACGUGAGGAGAAACAUGAAGCAUUACGGGAGCGUGGUGGAUCUUCUGGGACGAGCGGGGAAAUUAAACAAGGCGUUCGAGAUCACGGAGUCCAUGCCCAUGCCACCGGACGCCGUGCUAUGGCAAACUCUCUUGGGAGCCUCAAAGACACACGGGGACGUGGAGAUGGCGGAGAGAGCAUCAAGGAAGCUCGUGGAGAUGGGGUCGAGCGCCUGUGGGGACUUCGUGCUGCUGUCGAACGUGUACGCUGCGCAUGAGAGGUGGGGCGACGUGGGGAGGGUGAGGGACGCGAUGAAGCAGAAGGACGUCAAGAAGGUGCCCGGGUUUAGCUACACCGAGAUGAAUGGCGCCAUAUUCCAGUUCUACAAUGGCGACAAGAGCCAUCCGAGAUGGAGAGAUAUAUACAAGAAAAUCGAAGAGAUUACGUUAAGGAUCAGAGAAUUCGGGUACGAGGCAGAGACGAACUAUGUGUUGCAUGAUAUAGGAGAUGAAGAGAAGGAGAAUGCAUUGUGUUAUCACAGUGAGAAAUUGGCUUUGGCUUUUGGGUUGAUUAGUACUAAGGAAGGGAGUCCCAUUAACAUUAAUAAGAAUCUUAGGAUAUGUGGGGAUUGCCAUGUGGUGAUGAAGCUUGUUUCCAAAUUGUAUGAUAGAGAGAUUAUUGUGAGGGAUCGUACAAGAUUCCAUAGAUUCAAGGAGGGAUCUUGUUCUUGUAAAGAUUUUUGGUGAAAUCAUACAUUUCUUCAGUGUUCAUAUUUGUUUCA